CCGAGGGCGCCGGGAGGGGCUGCCUGAGCGCAGUGCUCGGCGUGAGGGGAGGGAGGGGGAAAUUAAAAAACAAAAGACAAAGCCCCAGAAUUUCAAAUAUUUAAAUUUAAACAAAGAAGUGAGGGAGGUGUAGAAGGAGAGUGCUUCAACUUUUUCUCUCUCUGCCCAGCAAGUAGGAGUGUCAGCACUCUAUUUCCAAGCCUUUUGAGCAGGAUGAAGACAGCUUGCCUGCCAGACUGUGGACUUGGAGGAAGAAGGUGAAGUAAGGAUCAUGAUUAUAAGCAGAUGUGGAAGGUGUUCAGAAGUUUUAAACAACUUUGCAGCAAAGCUUCACAAACUCUUAGCUACAUCCUUUAAUCAUGACUGCAUUUCAAAUUGGUUAAAAGGAAUCUGAGAAGAUCAUGGGGAAUUCAUAUGCAGGGCAACUAAAAUCUGCUCGUUUCGAGGAAGCUCUUCAUAACUCCAUAGAAGCUUCUCUGCGAUGUAGCAGCGUUGUUCCGCGGCCAAUCUUCUCACAGCUGUACCUGGAUCCUGACCAGCCUCCUUUCCUGCCGGAAGGUAACCGUGAAAAUGUGAAGCCAAAGGUAGAAGAGUUGGAUAAAGAGUUAGUACAUCGCUAUUCACAAAAUGGAAACCUGGACUUUCCUACCAACCAAACUGUUAAUGAAAUGGAAGAUGAAGACGAGGAUGAAGACAUGUCAGAUUCAAGUAGUCCACCAAUCCCAUACUCGCAAAAACCUGCCCCUGAAGGCUCUUGCACUACUGAUGGUUUUUGUCAAGCAGGCAAGGAUUUACGGUUAGUAUCUCUGUGCAUGGAGCAAAUUGAUAUCCCAGCAGGCUUCCUGUUAGUAGGAGCCAAAUCUCCCAACCUUCCUGAGCACAUUCUGGUCUGCGCUGUUGACAAGCGGUUUUUGCCGGAUGAUCAUGGAAAAAAUGCACUUUUAGGAUUUUCUGGGAAUUGUAUAGGCUGUGGAGAAAGAGGAUUUCGGUACUUCACAGAGUUUUCCAAUCAUAUCAACCUGAAAUUAACCACUCAGCCAAAGAAGCAGAAGCACUUAAAGUACUACCUAGUAAGAAGCUCCCAAGGUGUACUGUCAAAGGGACCCCUUAUUUGCUGGAAAGAAUGUAGAAGCAGGCAAUCAUCUGCUGCUAGCCUCUCUGCUAAACCAAAUCCUUCGGUGUCACCGUCCACGACCCCAGAGGGUGGAUCAGCUAAUGGAUACAAAUCAGGGUUCACUCAGACAGAUUCUUCAGUGUACAGUCCAGCAAAAUCAUCUUCUGCUGCUGUUAACUUAAGCGGAACACAAGACCCAUCCCGGAACAAGAACAUUGUGAAACCUCUGGCUCUGUCAGUACAGCUCGUAGGAAAGGCAUUUGCUUCAGCUCCUCUUUCACUGCGUGCCACAGAUGUUGCUAAUGGAAACGCUAAUGGAGGAAGAAAUAAUGCAUUGAGCUCUACAGUCUCUCGGCCAAUGCCUCACUCAACAUCUCCAAGUCCUGGCUGUGCAGCUGGAGACCAAGCAUCUAUGUCCAGUUCUGGACCACCAAAGAAACGUCACCGAGGAUGGUCUCCUGGGUCCCCAGUCCCGCCUCCUGGUUUAGCAGUACCUGUUCCUACAAUCCGGCCUUCGACAAGAACAGAGCCUCUUUUGUCAGUCCCAGUUCCUCAAUCCAUGUUAACUGGAAUUUUACAGCCUCAACCCAUCCCAGCAGGGGAGACUGUAAUAGUUCCUGAAAACCUGCUGAAUAACUCGGGAGUCAGACCAGUGAUUCUGAUAGGCUAUGGCACUUUACCUUAUUUCUAUGGAAAUGUUGGUGAUAUUGUUGUGAGUCCCUUGCUGGUGAACUGCUACAAGAUUCCACAGCUGGAAAACAAGGAUUUGGAUCUCUUGGGAUUAUCCAGCAGUCAGCUGCUAAGUGUGGAGAAUAUGAUACUUUUAACUAUUCAGUAUCUUGUCCAGCUAGGUCCUGACCAGAUACCUCUGAGGGAAGAAUUUGAGCAGAUCAUGUUGAAAGCUAUGCAGGAGUUCACUCUGAGAGAGAGAUCCUUGCAAAUGAGUGCACAGUGUAUCUCUGUGUCACCAGGUCAACUCCCUUGGCUUGCCAGGUUAAUCGCUAGUGUGUCUCGGGAUCUCGUGCAUGUGGUUGUCACCCAGAAUUCCCUGGCAGAGGGCAUCUCGGAGACCUUGAGGUCUCUCAAUGAAAUGAAGCAUCAGCAAAAGCUACCAGAUUAUGUAGUUGCCAUAUGUGCAUCAAAGAUUAGAGGAAAUGAAUUCUGUGUAGUGGUUCUAGGUCAGUAUCAAUCUCGGGCACUUGCAGAGAGCAUGCUUACCACCAGCGAAUUUUUAAAAGAAAUCAGUUAUGAGCUUAUCACAGGGAAAGUUAGUUUCCUGGCAUCACAUUUCAAAAAUACAUCUUUAGGUGAUGAUUUGGACAAGCUGCUGGAGAAGAUGCUACAGCAGCGAGGGGAAAGUGUCAUUAUUCCUUUUAAUGGAGAUGUUAGUGAGUGUGUGUCGUCUCAGGAGGCAAUUGCCAUGGUUUCUACACAAGAACCAGAUUUGGAUGUUGAUACCUUCCAAAUUUACCAGCCACAGCUCACAGUUGCCAGAAAGCUCUUGUCCCAGGUUUGUGCUAUAGCAGACAGUGGCAAUCAGAGCCUGGAUCUGGGCCACUUCAGCAAGGUGGACUUCAUCGUUAUAGUGCCCCGUUCGGAAGUCCUGGUGCAGCAAACCCUUCAGCGGAUUCGACAAUCAGGUGUGCUUGUGGACUUGGGCCUAGAGGACAAUGGAACUGCCUAUCAGAGAGCUGAGAAAUAUGUGGUUCGGCUGGACAAUGAGAUUCAAACUAAAUUUGAGGUUUUCAUGAGGCGAGUGAAGCAGAACCCCUACACACUCUUUGUGCUUGUUCAUGACAAUGCCCAUGUGGAUUUAACAAGUGCCAUUUCAAGUUCCCUGUCACAUGGUGAGCCUAAUCAUGGUCUGGCUGAUAGAGUUAUUAAUUGCAGGGAGGUGCUUGAAGCAUUCAACCUCCUUGUUCUUCAGGUCAGCUCUUUCCCUUAUGCCCUGCAAACGCAGCAGUCCAGGAUCAGCUCUAGCAAUGAGGUACAUUGGAUACAAUCUGACACUGUGGACGAUGCAGCAAGUGAAGAAAAGCUAUACUUUGGUUUGAAUGAAUACAGCAAAUCCCUCCAGUGGGGAGUCACAAGUCCCCUUUUGAGAUGUGAUGAAACUUUUGAAAAAAUGGUCAACACACUUUUAGAAAGGUACCCCCGGCUGCACAGCAUGGUGAUCCGCUGCUACCUGCUCAUCCAGCAAUAUUCCCAAGCUCUGAUGGCCCUCACCACCAUGGCCUCUCUAAGGGAUCACAGCACACCCGAAACACUCAGCAUAAUGGAUGACCUUAUCACGUCUCCGGGGAAGGAUAAGAAUGGCUGUGGCCACAUGCUCGUCAUUCGGGUCCCAUCAGUGCAGCUGGCCAUGCUGGCCAAAGAGAGGUUACAGGAAGUAAGGGACAAGCUGGGGCUGCAGUAUCGUUUUGAGAUCCUCCUUGGGAAUCCUGCCUCGGAGCUCACGAUCGCAAAACACUUUGUGACACGGCUCAAGGCUUGGAGGGGCAAUGAGCAGGAUGACUGGAUUCCACGCACCUACCAGGAUCUGGAAGGUUUACCUUGUAUUGUUAUUCUCACUGGCAAAGACCCGCUGGGAGAGACUUUCCCCAGGUCGUUGAAAUACUGUGAUCUUCGACUAAUUGACUCCAGCUACUUAACCCGUACUGCGUUAGAGCAAGAAGUAGGCCUGGCGUGCUGCUAUGUUUCCAAGGAGGCAAUUCGAGGGCCUAUUGUAGCUCUUGACCUCAGUGAGAAGGAGCAGGAGAAGACAAAUGGUAGUGAGAAUGACUCUGAUGAGCUGCUGAUAGACUUGGACCGGCCCCAGAGCAACAGCAGUGCUGUCACUGGAACCUCAGGUUCCCUGGCUGACAAUGGUGUGAGCUCCUCGAGUGCCACAGACAAGUCUCAGAAGCAGGCACCAUCCCUUAACUUCCAGGCUGUGGCACACAGCUCAGUAGAUGAGGGAGCUUACUCCAGUUUCACAGCCAGAGAAACCCUGAAACAAGAGUGUGACUCUCUGGGUAACCAGAUGGCGAGCAGCACCACUCCCAAACUCUCCUCACUGUCUUCAGUCUCCCAGACCUUUCAGUGGCCUGCCCAGUCAGCCAAGGACAGCAGGGCUCUCCGUGUGGCGCUGCCACGCAUCGUCAUCCUGUCCAAAGCUGCGUACUGCCUCCUGAGCUCGCAGAAAAAUGGGAAUCUGCCUUCCUCCUCUUCCCUCCUGCCUCAUGCUGACGUGUCUUGGCUGAGCUCUCUGAGGCCUCUGCUUCACAGGGACAUGAGCAGUGAAGAGCAGUCUCAGUACUACAGGCAAUGGACGACAGCCCGGCAGCACCACGCAGACUUCAGCAAUCAGGUUGAGGCGUCUGGCACCAGGACUUUUCACCCCAGGCGGCUGCUUUUGACAGGACCACCACAAGUUGGAAAGACUGGUUCAUACUUGCAGUUCCUAAGGAUUCUCUUCCGCAUGCUGAUCCGGUUGUUGGAAGUAGAUGUGUAUGAUGAAGAAGAGAUCAAUGCCAAUCAUACAGAAAACAGCGAAAUUACUCAGUCUAGCAAUGACCACUGGCCAGACAUUGAGAUCUUCAGCAAAAUAUCUUUUGACCUGAGUGUGCAUGACCCUAAAUACAGAAAUAUAAGCCCUGUAUACACAGAACAACUCUCAAGAGUGAAACAAGAAACAAGCAAAGAAACAAAAUCAGAGGAACCUAAGAAAAGGGAGACCGUGUCCAUGAUGCUGACUAAAUAUGCAGCUUACAACACCUUCCAUCACUGUGAGCAGUGCCAUCAGUACAUGGACAUUAAUCCUGCUGCACAGGUGUCUGACUCCACUCUGCAUGCAUUCACGUUUUCAUCCUCUAUGCUGGGAGAAGAGGUUCAGCUGCAUUUUAUAAUCCCCAAGUCCAAAGAGAACCACUUUGUCUUCAGCAAACAGGGAAAACAUCUUGAAAGCAUGCGACUCCCACUCGUUUCUGACAAGCAGAAUUUGAAUGCAGUCAAGAGUCCUAUCUUCACACCAUCAAGUGGACGUCAUGAACAUGGACUCUUGAAUCUCUACCACGCCAUGGAAGGCAUCAGCCACCUGCACCUCCUGGUAGUCAAGGAGUACGAAAUGCCACUUUAUCGAAAAUACUGGCCCAACCACAUCAUGCUUGUCCUGCCAGGCAUGUUCAACAACGCUGGAGUUGGUGCUGCCAGGUUUCUUAUUAAGGAACUUUCCUACCACAACCUAGAACUGGAACGAAACCGCUUGGAGGAGCUGGGAGUGAAGCGCCAGUGCGUGUGGCCCUUCAUUGUGGUCAUGGACGACUCCUGUGUCCUGUGGAACAUGCACAGCCUCCACGAGCAGUCCAGCCAGUCCCUGGAGCCUGGGGGUUUCAGCAAGAAUGUGUCUUUGAAAAGCGUCCUCCAACACAUUGAAGCCACCCCCAAAAUUGUUCAUUAUGCAAUACUGGGUGUUCAGAAAUGGAACAGCAAGCUGAACACCAGGAAAUCAAAGGCCCCAUUCUCCAGGUGCCACGUGCGUGAUUUUAUACUGCUCAACAUAGACCUGACCCAGAAUGUGCAAUAUGAUCUAAACAGGUAUUUCUGUGAAGAUGUAGAUUUUAAUCUGCGGACCAACAGCAGCGGCCUCCUCAUCUGCCGCUUCAAUAACUUCAGUGUCAUGAAGAAACAUAUUCAGGUUGGAGGACAAAAGGACUUUGUUGUUAAGCCAAAAAUCAUGGUCUCAGACAGUGUGGCACCAAUAAUGCCUCUUCAGUACGUCUGUGCCCCUGACAGCGAGCACACAUUGUUGGCAGCCCCAUCUCAGUUCCUCCUGGAGAAAUUCCUUCAACACGCAACCUACAAACUCUUCCCCAAGGCCAUUCAUAACUUCAAGAACCCGGUAUUGGCCAUCGACUGCUACCUGAACAUCGGGCUUGAGGUGGCCAUAUGCUACAUUAGCUCUCGCCCACACUCAGUCAAUGUCAACUGUGAAGGGGUGUUCUUCAGUGGACUUCUGCUCUAUCUCUGUGACUCCUUUGUUGGUGCAGACCUCCUCAAGCGAUUCAGGUUUCUCAAAGGUGCCACCCUGUGUGUCAUAUGUCAAGACAGAAGCUCACUAAGGCAGACAAUAGUCCGGUUGGAGUUGGAGGAUGAGUGGCAGUUCCGACUUCGGGAUGAGUUUCAAACUGCAAACAGCAGUGAUGAUGAACCACUCUAUUUCCUUACGGGACGCCACAUAUAAGCUUCGCUGAGACACCACUAACAAAGAAAAAGAAGAACUUUUUUUUUUUUUUUAUAAAAAGUACAAUCACUGUGGAGAAAAGUGCAACCAAUAUUUAUCUAGACUGCUCUAAAGGAUUCCCUGCAUUCUGGAGUAGCUUUAUUCUUUGGGAUAAGAUUACCACAUUGGUUAUGAUUUAAAAGAUCCUGGAUUCCAGUUAUUUUCACAUCAUUCACAACCACCGACACUAAUCACACAGCCAACCAAGCUGUAGGAUCUGGGAAGAGGAUGUUUUGUCAAAGAAGAAUCCUUUUUGUAUUCAGCUGCGUUAGGGGAAGAAGCUGUUCUCCUCUUGCAGCUGUAAGCUUGAAUGUGUUACAUGAAACGCACCCUAGCAUAUGGAAUUUAUCAAAGAUAGGUGGAGGAGAGCCCACCGCGUCUCUUCAGCUCUGUGCUGUGGUACAGGAAUACUCAGGGGUUUGAAACUACAAUAUAAAGUAGAUAUUUGUGUUACAAGGAAUAGUCUUGUUCUCUGUGCAGUGUUAGUUUUAAAUUUGUAAUUGUGUACGUAUUGAAACUGUCUUUGGCAAAAUUUCCACAGGUGUUCAAAGUUUACUACUUAAACCUGAACAAACGGGCAAGCGCAUGGCAGGCACUGUGCACCCUUAGCAAUGGUAUUUUGCCCCAGUAGGCACCUCCUCCUCAGCUCCACGGCCCGAAGCAAAACGAUUCUCGGAGCUGCUCUCUUUUCAGUUAGAGACCAGAGUAACUUCCCAGCAAAUCACUCUCCUCAGAGCUUUGGAAACU